AUGGUUAUCAACCAUAUCCAAGACCCUCAAACUCUCCAAGAUAUUCUCAACGGAAUUCACAAAGUUUUCAACGUGGAGGCAAUUCCCAGCAACAAAACCAAGGACGAUUUCAGCCAGGACACCCCAACAUUGGUGACAGAGGCCGUGGAUUCAAUGGCCAGCACAGUGGACGCUCCCAAACUGGCCGCUUUCAGCCAGGACGAAACUAUCAAGGCAGAGGCCAAUCACAGCAACAACAAAGUCAAAACUACUAUGCUGAGUGGCACUACAAUCAAGAAGCUGAAAGCUGUGCUGCGGAAGGCAGCAUUCCUGAAUGGAACCAAGACGGAAUGUCUUAUGGUGGAAUGCCAAGUGCCGAGCAGUACCAGCAUCAGGAACAAUAUUAUCAAGCUGAACAAAAUCAGCAAUGGAAUGUUCAAUUCAACUGUGAACAAGAAGAAUAGUAUCCUGAAGAACAGGAGGCACAGGAAGAUUCGCCGUUUUCCUUUCAUGAAGAGCAUUACUGACCCAAAAAUACUUGUAAACUAA